AUGCCACGAGGGACAAUUUUGACGCCCAGCGAGCGCGAGAGUAUUUUGGCCUUGAGCCACUCGGGGCUCUCGAACCGGGCGAUCGCCAAGCAGCUCCGCCGGUCCCCAAAGGUUGUCAACCACUUUUUGAAGGACCCGGAUGCGUACAACACGGCAAAACGACCGGGUCGCAAGCCAAAGCUCAGCGCAGAGGCGACGCGGCGACUCGUCGCGGCGGCGUCUGAAGGUAUUUUCACGGCCCGACAGUUGCGUCUCGUCCACCAAGUGCCCCUCGGAGUUCGUCGCAUCCAGCAAAUCGUCUCCAGUGCCGAGCCGUUCCGCUCCGAGGUGCCCAACUUGACCCCUGCGCAGAUGCGGCAGCGCGUCCUCUUUGCAAAGCGUCAUCUCGAAGCCCGGUUUGACUGGUCCUCAGUCAUCUUCAGUGACGAAAAGACGUUCUAUCUGAACGUCCACCAGAUCGACGACCAGAUCGUCAACCAGACGCACCAGCUCAUCCAGCCGGGGGCUUCGAUCACGGUCUGGGGCGCGUUUGCGGCAGAUGGCACCAAGGUGCUCGCGAUCCUCGACGGCAAGCAGGACGCGAUGACGUACUGCAGGACGCUGCAGCAGCACUUGCUGUCCAUGUACGACCGGUCGCGCCACACGUUCCAGCACGACAACGCUGUGGUCCACGCAUCCAGAGCCACGGCAGCUUUUCUGCGCAUGAAGAAGGUCAAGGUGCUGUCGUGGCCGGCUCGGUCGCCCGAUCUCAGCCCGAUCGAGAACGUCUGGAGCCACGUAAUGGGCGACGUCUACGCUGACGGACGCCGCUACUCGUCCGUUCCUGCCUUGCGCGCUGCGAUCGAGACAGCGUGGUCCCGUCUGUCGAGUGCGUACCUCAAGACGCUGGUUGCCUCCAUGAACAAGCGCUGUGUCGCAAUCCUCAUGAAGCGCGGCGCGGAAGUUGACGUCAAGCCGGUUCACGCGUCUUGA